ACUUUGAUAAAAAAAAGUUCAGAUUUAGAUUUCAUCAUAAUGAAUGUUCUUUUUAAUUGAAAAGUUAUUAGUUUGGCCAUAAUAUAAAUAUAAUUUGGUUUUUGUUUUUAAAGCUGGUUUCUUCAUGUUCCCUUAUUUAUAAAUCGUCUGAGGCUUCCAAGUUCUUAGUUUCAUGGUGAAACGUACAUAAAUUCAGAAUUCGUUCAACUUCCAGCGAUGUUUGCUUGUGAAAUUUGCGAUCGACAAUUUUUCUAUAAAAAUAGCGUAAAUCGACAUUUUCGUCGAGAGCAUAUUAACAAGGAAUCACGUAGACGGUUGAAGUGUACAGAAUGCGAACACGAGUGUCGAUUUUACCAAGAUCUGCGUACUCAUAUCUACGUAGAGCACGGUAUCGUUUGCAAAGUAGAACGUCAAAUGUUCUCCGAUCUAGACGAAUUCAACGCUUGGAAACGCAAAUUAGAAGAAACUACGCAUUUCAUGUACGUGAAGCAUUCGUCAUCCAAGAUAUCAGCUACGACUAACGAACGGAAAACCUACUACGUUUGUCACAGAACCGGUACUUUUCAAUCUGGAUCAUGUGGCAAACGUAAAUUGAAACGACAAGGAUCGAAUAAAAUCAACGCUUCGUGCCCAUCUACGAUGGAGGUUGUCGAAUCCCUCAACGACGGUACAGUGAAUCUAGUAUUGUGGAAAACUCACGUUGGACAUGAUGCCGAAGUUUCUCGUACAUUUUUAAGCACAAGUGAAAGAAACUGGCUCUCAGCUCGUAUCAUGGAAGGUGCCAGUUAUCAAAAAAUCAUGAACGAAAUUCAGAAUUUGGGUAACAAAGGUGGACGUAUGCGAUUCAUCAAAAGUCAAGAUAUACGCAACAUGCGGAAAAAUUUAACAAAUUCGAGAAACCGGAAUAUUUUAUCAGAUUUACGAUAUUGGGUAAAGACGGUCUUAUCUUUGGAAUCCACCGAUACUCAUCCCAUUGUGUGUUUCAAAGAUAGAAACGUUCCUGAUACUCAGAAAAUCUUAUCUAGUAAAGACGUCUUGCUUGUAAUUAUGACUAAAUUUCAACUCGAAGCGUUGAAACUUUUCGGCUGCGGGAUGAUUUGUUUGGACGCUACUCAUUACCAAGAUAAUUACGAAUAUCAUCUUAUCACGAUGUACGUUGCUGAUACGUCCAUGUCUUGGUGUCCUGUGGCUUAUUUGGUCACAAACGUCAUGAGCCUCACCUCGAUGCAAUACUUCUUUACCAGAAUCCGAGAACUCGCUGGCCAGCUCAAAUGUUCGGUUUUCUUGAGCGAUGACGGUCUACCUUUUUACGAGGCUUGGCGUCAAGUCAUGACAUUGCCCAAACAUCGUCUUCUGCAUUUAUGGUACAUCGACAAGAGUUGGAAAGAAAACAUACUCAAAAUGAAAUGCCCCGAUAGUACAAAAACCACCGUCGUUCGAGGCUUGAAAAUGAUGUUGAACGAUACGACCGAAAAAUCUUUUGAAAUCAACCUGAAAACCUUCGUCGAGAGUUUGCAAUGUGAAAGCAGAUAUACCGAAUUUUUAGAUUAUUUUCAGACCGAAUUCGCCGACAAAACAAAACUAUGGGGUGGUUGUUACAGGAAAACGUGCGGAUUAACUUUAGAAUCCGAAUUGUUUCUGGAAUCGACGCAUAAACGUUUAGAGAAAGAAUACCACGAUGGCGUACAUAACCAAAAACUCGCCGAGAAUUUGACCAACUUGGUAUCCAUCAGCCACGAGUGUAGUUUCAUCUCUAAACGCAUUGCCGAAUAUUGCAAGAAUGGCGACGCCUUCCGUUCUCAGUGCAUUCAACAAAGUCAUAAACGAGGCGUUUGUAUCAAACGAACCGAAGUGGUGGAAGAGUCGCCUACUGAGUAUAAAAUUAUGUACACGAACGAUAGAUCUAAGACCGAUUGGUAUAUCGUCAAGUAUUCCAAUAUCAGUCGAUGUGGUUGCUCGGCUGUAUGCGAUACGUGUAAAAUAUGCUGUCACGAGUAUACCUGUACCUGUGUCGAUUACGUCGUUAAUAUCAACAUCUGCGAACACAUACACGCCUGCGCUAUAAUAAAGAAUAAAAUUAACGUCGAUCUGUCCGCUGAAACAGACGCUCCUCUUGAUAGUUUUGUCGAAGAAGUUAUCUGCGAAGAAGAAAUCAUCUGCAAUGUCGACGCUGAAGAUAAUGGCUGUGAUGACGAUAUGAUCGAUGGAAUCGAUGACAACGACAGUAACGAUAACGAUAUCGAUAUAGAUAUCGUUGAGAAUAAUUCAACGUUAAAAGAUGAAAUGGAUGAUCAACUAGAACUCUCUAGCGAAACAUCCGAAAACGUUUGUUUGAAUGAUUCGCCCGCUGCUCUAUAUUACGAACCGUUCACAUUCGUACCGACUGAUGAAAUCGUCGACUAUAACCAAACCGAAUUACAAUUUACUCAGGAAGGUUUACAAAUAGUCGCGUUCAAAGAAGACGACGAAUACGAAGCUGUCUUAGUCAACGAUGAUGAUACUUCAUCGUUUGGUGACUCGUCUUCAGUAUACGAAGAUACAGUGCCCCAAAAAACCGCCAUCAUCGCCCUUGGUUUCGGCAGCGAAGGCUCCGAUAGUUAUAUUUUCCGUCGAUUCGAUGAAAAUACGAUUAUCCGUCAUAAAGUCGAUACGCUGUUUACGUUGGCAGAUUUCGAUAAUGGCGACGAAAACGAUAUUACUGCGCAGUUGGAUACAGAUAUAAGCGCUAUCAACGAGACCGAUUUCGCCAAUUGCUACGGUACUUAUGAUCCGAACGACGACGAUAGUAUUGUAUUAAGUCUGUGAUUUAGAUUUACUGUAUUCAUUUUACGUUUUAUUGGAAGAAUAGCUACGGUUACGAAUCAUUACAAUAAUAUCGGAUGAGGCAUAUCUGCAUUUAUUACGUUACCAGCUUAUUAGAUAGAGUUGUUUUGUCUAUGAUACCUUACCGAAGUGUGUCCGUUUGCUCCGAGAGUUCGUAAUCUCUACGUUGUGCGUAGUUUACAUUACAAAUUCUGCUCAAAAUUUGGUCGAUAUACCUACAUGAUUCGUUGCUGUUUCUUCUUGAGAAAUAUUUCGAAUUCGUGUUAUUAUUGUAAUGGUUUCGUAAAUGAUUUAUUCUCUCUUCUUCACUUUGUAUGUAUAAUUCGAACUACGUAUUCGAACUUGUAAAUAAUCAAAUUGUUUAUUUUUGUAUUCAAUGUAUAUUGUACUAUUUGAUAGAUAUGUUUGACUUCGUUAUGUACGGUACGAGUACCUAAGGUAUUUUUAUGUUUUAGCGUGCAUUUGUAUCAAUUUUAUACCAUAAUAACUUACUGUCAGUUCUACAGGUAGUAUUUAUCGGAAUUAUGAUUCUUCUCUGCUCCAAAAACCAGAACCACCGAGAUACUUUUAUUCAUUUUUAAGAAGUUUUGUUUUUAAUGGUGGGUGUAUGCGUGGAGUGUGAUGAAUGAUAUUCGAGUAUGAAGAAAUCUAAACGAAACCGUGUCUACUGAAUUAGAUUGCAAUGAUGUGUAUUCCAUGAUAUUGGUCUGCAAUGAUGAUUGGAAUACGUAUUCGAAUAUUACCAGCUCGACACUACUUCGAAAAUGUUACACCUUUUUAAAAAAAUAAUGUGUAUCUUUGUACAUGUAUUUUUUUUGUAAUUGGUACAUUGCAAUCUAAAUAUUAUUUUUAAGCAGUGUGCUUCAAAUAACUACAUGAAAAAUAAACGAUCGUGAUCAGUG